UGCUUUAUUUGAAGCUAGAAAUACAUAAAAAAUUUAUUUGCAUGAAGUGCCAAGUGGGAAAUAGGAUUUUAAUGUAUGUAUCGGAGCAGAAUGAGGCUCUGGUCUCCCUCCUGCCAUCCCCUGGGUUAUUUGGGAAAGUGUGGUAGCAUCGCCUCCCUUGGGAAUGCUGUUUAUGGAUGCCUGCUUUCCAGGGAGAAAAUCAAAGAUCCAAAGCCAGUCUGUAUCAGGUGGAAUGACUUCACGCCAAAUAAAUGAAAAUGUACCUUAUGCUCUCUGAAUAAUUGAAGUCCCCUGCAGUUUGUUGUUAGAAUGGGAAAAGUGUAAAGCUUCCAAGAGGGAGAACUGGCUUUCCAUGAAGUGGUGAUGAGGGACAUGUGGGGCAGUGCCAGUGCCAAAUUCCUGCUGCAGAGAGGCUGCACAGGCUGGGUAGGGUAACAUCAGUGGGGUGAGAACAGUUUGAUAGUUGAAACAAAAUAAAAUAUACUAGUAAUUGUAAUGUAGGGGGAAUAACACUGAUGGAAAUAAAUGAUGCGUAAUACAGUAAUUGCUCACCCCCUGAUCAGUGCCCAGCUCCCAGCAGCAGUUGGCACCUCCCAGCCAAUUUCCCCAGCUGAUAUCCUGGGAGUGUUGUCCUGUGGAGUGGAAAGGCCCUUUGGCCAGUUUGGGUCAGCUGUCCUGGACAUGCUGCCCCACAGCUUUUUGUGCACCUCCUCAUUGUGAGAGCAUUGGAAACUGGGAAGUCCUUGAAUUAGGGGAAGCAGAACUUAACAGCAACUCAAACAUCAGUGUGUUAUCAACAUUCCUCUGGUCCUGAAUCUAAAACACAACACUGUACCAGUUAAUAACAAAAUUAACUCUGUCCCAGCUGAAAUCAGGACAUUGCCCCAAAGUUCAGUGUAUCACUGGGAAAGGAGGUACCCACAUGUAUCUUUAUGUUUGAGUUAUUCUUGCAGAUCUCUUGAAGUGAUCUGGGGGUCCAGUGAUCCCCUGGUCUGGUCCUAAAGCCUUCUGUGCUCUGGUAGCUUUCCCUGCCACUGGUGGAAGGUGACAGAGCCACCCAGGCCCUUGGAGCUCUCACUCCCAAUACAUCUACAUUUAUUUUGGUAUAAGAGAAGAGAUUGACCCGGUUUUUCUUGAUUCAAGUCUGUGUGCAAAUGGAUUUUUUUUUUCCUGAAGGCAGCUGCUUCUAGCAUAUAUGUAGUGAUGAAAUAAUGGACUUGUUUCAAGAGGAAACAAUAAUAAAGAAUGCUCUUUCAAAAGCAGUUAAACACAUGAUUUAUUAAAAUGUUAAAUUAUUUCCAAGUUACGGCAUACCCAGCUCUUGUUGUGGAGUUCACUCAAGAAUAAUUGCACAGUGUUCUUUGCAGAACUUAACAUCAGAAAUGUCACACUUUUUUGGAAAAAUCAUUCUUUAACACAAUGUAAGAGCUUCCACAAGUAUAAAUGGGCAUCCUUGUGUUGGCUUCUGUAAAACGUUGCCAGUUUGUCCCAUCCAUAUUUUUUCAGCGUAGCUGUUGAGCUGUGACAUUUCUUGCAGGGCAGGACGAAGAUUGAAGGGACUUUUUAUCAUCCUCAGGGAGAUGCCCAGGAGCUGGAGCCUGGCUAUGUGCAAAGACCAGCAGCCAGCUCCAUGGUGAGAUGCAGAGCCUGGAGAAGGAAGAGGAGGAGGAAGAGGGUUUGCAAAUACUGACAAGCAGGGAAGGCAUGUGCUAGUGUCAGUGGCCAUGCUUCAUAUAUUGAUUUACUUUUGCUUCCUCUUUUUUUUUUCUUCUUCCUUCCCCAUUUUUCUCAUGACUCAGGCUCCUGGAAUGGAUGGGUGGGAAUAAAGGUGGGGAGUGCCAUAGUCACCAGUGCCCUCUAAGUGCCACUGCCUGAGUGCUCUGAGCAGGCAGCAGCCUUUUCCCUGGCUGUGUCCCCAUCACAAAGGGACAGUGGGCUGGUCCCCUGCAGCCAGCUGGUUUGUUGGAGGGGUGAGCACAGAAGAGGUAGAAUCCACCUUGUUGAUUCCAGGCUUUCUGUGGGGAUCAGGAUGCUCCUGACCCUGGAGAGGAACCCUUAGAGCUGUAACUUUUGAGCCUGCUGAGAGGAUGGAGCUGUGGGAGAGCACGAGUGCCCCGCAGCUCCUGAGUGCAGGCCCCUGAGAUGUCUCUGAAAGCAGAAAGCCAUGCAGCCACAUCCACGCUGAAGAAACUCGCUGCAGACAUGAGCAACAUCAUCGAGAGCCUGGACACCAGGGAGCUCCAUGUGGAGGGGGAGGAGGUGGACGCAGAGGUGCUCACUGACCCCAAAGGCACCGUGUGCAUUCCCUUCUCUGCCAUCUACCACACCCAUGGGUUCAAAGAGCCGGGCACACAGACGUACCUCACGGGAUGUCCUGUCCGAGUGCGUGUUUUGGAAGUUGAACGCUUCACUUCCACUAAGAAGGUACCAAGCCCCAAUGUUUACACCAUCGAGCUGACCCAUGGAGAGUUCGUCUGGCACGUGAAGAGGAAGUUCAAGCACUUCCAGGAAUUUCACAGGGAGCUGCUGAGGUACAAAGCCUUCGUGCGCAUCCCUAUCCCCACCAGGAGUCACACGGUGAGAAGACAAUCCAUCAAAAGGGGAGAGCCGAGGCAGAUGCCGAGUCUGCCGCACACCGCGGAGAGCACGGUGCGGGAGGAGCACUUCUCCAGCAGGAGGAAACAGCUGGAGGACUAUUUGACAAAUAUCCUGAAAAUGCCAAUGUACAGGAACUACCAUGGAACAAUGGAGUUUGUUGGAGUGAGCCAGCUGUCAUUCAUCCAUGACCUGGGACCGAAGGGCAUAGAAGGGUUCAUCAUGAAGCGCUCCGGGGGCCACCGCAUUCCUGGCCUGAACUGCUGUGGCCAGGGGAGGAUGUGCUACCGCUGGUCCAAAAGGUGGCUGGUGGUGAAGGACUCGUUCCUGAUGUACAUGAAACCUGAUUCAGGGGCCAUUUCCUUUGUCCUGCUGGUCGAUAAGGAAUUCAACAUCAAAAUAGGCCAGAAAGAGACAGAAACUAAAUACGGGCUGCAGAUUGACAAUCUCUCCAGGUCGCUGAUUCUGAAGUGUAACAGCUACAGACAUGCCCAGUGGUGGAGGCAGGGCAUAGACGAGUUCAUCCGGAAGCACGGCAAGGACUUUCUGACGGAGCAUCGCUUCGGCUCCUACGCGGCCGUGCAGGAGAACACCCUGGCCAAGUGGUAUGUCAAUGCCAAGUGGUACUUUGAAGACGUUGCAAAUGCCAUGGAAGCUGCUAAGGAAGAAAUUUUCAUCACAGAUUGGUGGCUGAGCCCAGAAAUCUUCAUGAAGCGACCGGUGGUGGAAGGGAAUCGCUGGCGGCUGGACUGCAUUCUCAAGAGGAAAGCACAACAAGGAGUGAGAAUUUUUGUUAUGCUGUACAAAGAGGUGGAGCUUGCCCUGGGGAUCAACAGUGAAUACAGCAAGCGGACACUCAUGCACCUCCAUCCAAACAUCAAGGUGAUGAGGCACCCAGACCACGUGUCCUCCUCCGUGUACCUGUGGGCCCACCACGAGAAGCUGGUGAUCGUUGACCAGUCCGUGGCCUUCGUGGGUGGCAUUGACCUGGCCUACGGGCGCUGGGACGACGACGAGCACCGCCUGACCGACGUGGGCAGCGUCAAGCGCGCCUCCGCCGCCAAGUCGGUGUCCACCGCCAACCUGGCAUCUGCAGCAGAGUCGACUGAACAUGUCCCGCUUCAGCCUCAAACUCUGGUCCCAGAGAGCCACUUGAUUGAGAGAAAUGCUGAUGAUGCCCCAGACACAUCAAAAAUGAAAGGAGUAGGGAAACCCAAAAAGUUUUCGAGGUUCAGCAUUUACAAGCACCUGCACAAGCACGGCAUGCACCAUGCUGACAGCGUCAGCAGCAUCGACAGUGAGUCAAGUUACUCUAGCCCCACUAGGAGCCAACCGAAUAUAAUCCAGAGUUUAAGGCCCCAUCUGAAAAUGUUCCAUCACCACAGUGAAUCCAAACAGGGGCUCGCUGAGCCUCGGGAGGAUAAAGGAUCCAUCCGUAGCCUGAAGACAGGUGUUGGAGAGCUGCUUGGAGAAACCAGGUUCUGGCACGGAAAAGACUAUUGCAACUUUGUUUUUAAAGACUGGGUUCAACUCGACAAACCUUUUGCUGACUUCAUUGACAGGUACACCACGCCAAGGAUGCCCUGGCACGACAUCUCCUCCGUGGUGCACGGCAGAGCCGCGCGCGACGUCGCCCGGCACUUCAUCCAGCGCUGGAACUUCACCAAGAUUAUGAAACCCAAAUACCGGUCCCUGUCCUACCCAUUCCUGUUGCCAAAAUCUCAGCAAACUGCUCAUGAAUUGAAGUAUCAGGUGCCUGAGGCUGUUCCUGCCACAGUCCAGGUGAUCCGCUCUGCUGCUGACUGGUCUGCUGGCAUUAAAUACCACGAGGAGUCCAUCCACAAAGCCUACAUCAGCGUGAUAGAGAACAGCAAGCACUACAUCUACAUAGAGAACCAGUUUUUUAUUAGCUGUGCUGAUGAUAAAGUUGUCUGGAACAAGAUCGGUGAUGCGAUUGCUCAGAGGAUUCUUAAAGCUCACAGUGAGAACAAGCGUUUCCGGGUGUACGUGGUGAUCCCGCUGCUGCCGGGCUUCGAAGGCGACAUCUCGACGGGCGGGGGGAAUGCACUGCAGGCCAUCAUGCACUUCAACUACAGGACCAUGUGUCGAGGGGAGAACUCCAUCCUGGGCCAGCUGAAGGCAGAGGUUGGAGAUAAGUGGAUAAACUACAUAUCAUUCUGUGGCCUCCGAACAUAUGCAGAGCUGGAAGGAAAGCUGGUCACGGAGCUCAUCUAUGUGCACAGCAAACUGCUCAUUGCUGAUGACAACACAGUUAUAAUCGGCUCUGCCAACAUCAACGACCGCAGCAUGCUGGGCAAGAGGGACAGCGAGAUGGCCAUCAUCGUGCAGGACAGUGACACCGUGCCCUCGGUCAUGGACGGCCAGGAGUACAGCGCCGGGAGGUUCGCCCUGUCCCUCCGCCUGCGCUGCUUCAGGGUUGUCCUUGGCGGCUCUGACCUCAAUCCAGAACACCAGGAUCCCGUCUGUGACAAAUUCUUCAAGGAGGUGUGGAUUGCCACAGCAGCUCGCAAUGCCACCAUCUUUGACAAGGUGUUUCGAUGCCUUCCCAGUGACCAGGUGAAUAAUUUAACCCAACUGCGUGAUUUCAUCAACAAGCCCAAAUUAGCAAAUGAUGAUCCUACAAAAGCAGCAGAAGAAUUAAAAAAGAUUCGUGGGUUUUUAGUACAAUUCCCCUUUCGUUUUCUGGAGGAAGAGUACUUGCUUCCCUCUGUUGGAACAAAGGAGUCCAUGGUACCCAUGGAGGUUUGGACUUAAGAAGAUGCAGGCUGCUUUACUUCUUAAAGUCUAGUUCUCAGGAGAGAAGUUAAUGAAAAGUACGGGAUUUUGGAAAGUGAAAAGAGACAAAAAACUUCUCCACCAAGCUAAUGAGCCCUUCUGAAGGAUUUCGGUAGAGGAUCUUGAAGCAAAUCAACACUAGCAGACAAGAGGAGCAGAAAAACUUGGAAAUGAUGGCAGAUGAGAAGUGUAACCUCUGGAGGAGUUACUUCUUCAGGCAUGCUCUGAGCAUCUAAAGGAUGCAGGCUACUUCCUAGGAGAGGAACUGACUCCCAGUUGAUGUUGUCACCACUGCCAGCUGUGUCCUGUGGUUGCAUAACUCGUACUGUGAUCGUGCUGUGGCUGCACAGGAGUCGUGGGCUGCGUGUGCUGCUUCUCAGGCUUUGGGUAUCUGCAGCUUGGCUCGCUGGAGUUCCCCAUCUCACCCCUUCCACACCAUCAGUGCAGCCCUGCCGCUGUUGGGAAGUGCCAUUUGCUGCUGCCUUAGGCUGUCCUGCUGCUUUCCGAGUGUGGGUGUUUCACAUCUUAGAGGGAAACAGAAUAACAAUCCUCUAUCAGAAUCAGCAUUUCGGUCUCUUCAUCCCUUUGAGGGGAAAAAAUCCUCUUCCUAUUGCAGCUGGAGCAAUCAGCAGCCCUCAGGCUUGGCAGAGGGCAGUCUCAGUGGAGCUGGAGGUGCUGGAAAUCACUGGAGUUUGCUGGCCUUUGCAGACACAGCACAUCAGCUUGGUCCCACUGAGUGUGACUGUUUUCCUCAGGAGAGAAUCAAGGUUGCCACUGAAGCCUGAGGUGUCCAGAGCCAGAGCAAACCAAGGCACCGCGUGUAGCAGGACUGAGACUCGAAAGCCAGCAUGAUCUGAACGAAGCUCUGCACUCUGCUUGUUUAUCUUGCAGCAUAUGGGUGGACUUUCAUUUCCAUCCCUUUCCCCCUCUUUAAAAGAAGGGAAAGGCCAUUAAGCUGACACCACGCUCAGACUGAGCUGAUGUGUGGAUUUGUAGAUGGGGUGAAUGGAAGGGAGCAGGUGACAAAGCCUUGUCUCUGCUUUGUUACUGAAUAACCUACAACCUUGAGUUCAGUCAUGCAGGACGUGUCUUCCCAAGCAGAUGUAAAACUCAGCAUUGCACAUUCCUGUUUUCCAUUACUGUAAGAAGGUUUCCAAAGCUCUUUUGCACCUCCCUGUACAGAGAAGCAGCAGCUCAAUCCAGCAUCCUGGGAAAAACACUACAGUUCCUUGGUUAGGACCUUGUGUGGUGGGCACCAGCCUGGGUCUUACCCAUGCUCCAUCCUGCAAUGAGGCCGUGCCUCCCAGUUUCAUGUCCAGCUCCAGCUGAGGUGUUCCUGACAGUCUGCAGUGCUGUGUCAGGCACUGGGAAAAUGGAGCAUUAGAAAACACUUAAGGAGAAUUGGAUCUGGAAGUGAGAGGCUCUGCUGGCCCCUGCAUCCUGGCAUCCCUUCCCAGGGUUAUACCUGUGCCCAACACUCCUUGGUCAAAAGGCCUAGUGAACUGGUAUUUAAUUUAGCUCACAGAAGAGUUUAUUUUUUCUUUUCUGGCUCUUCCAACGGUUUUUUAACUGGAAAAGAAUUCCACUGCUUGCUUGGCUAUCCCCGAAAGGUAGCUGGCAUGACAUUUUAGCUGAUUGCCUUCUGUGUUCAGACCUGUAAAUAGGCACCAGCUUAUUCUGUACCUGCUGCAUCACCCAAAUAAGGAACAAACCCAGAUGUUCUUCUGAAUCUCAGCCCAUUCCUACAGCUUCCACUGUUUUACACUUGUGUUUUGUAGAUGCAGUUGCCUUUUACACUCCUUUCUGGCAUCUGUGGUCUGGUUCACCUUUGGGAAGUGCAUGUGCAGCAUUUUAUGUGAUUGAAUCCGGGGGGUUGAUGGUUUUACCUGGCAUGCUGUAAGCACAUAAAUAUGUUGCCUUGAUUUUUUUUCCCUUAAAAGAAACUGACCCGGGGUCACCCCCCACAGAGCCAAAGCAAUGUGUGCCCUGACCAUUUCCAAUCGAGAAAGAUCAAAGGUGUCCUGUGAUUUCAUAUCAGUGCAGGUUCAGAGCUUUUCUCUCCUGAUGUUUUUAGCUGUUCUAGUUUGACUGAAGCUGCUGACUUUAAACAAUUACAGCCUGCCAGAGAAUCCUUGUCAGUCACACAAAUCCAUGUUCAGAGUCAGAAAGUGUUCACUAUACACUGAACCUUGAAGUGUAACACUCCUGUCACCUUCUAAGUGCUCUUAUUCUCCUCAUCCUCAUAUUAGCAAAGGUUUUUAUAAUGGUUAAAUUAUCCUUACAUUGUAUUUUAAAAUGGCAGGUAGCUAAUUGUUGGGGCUUCCUAACUCCAGGGGUGUUACUCCCCCUCUGCCAGGCUGUUCUGGGGAAAAACCACUCAGAUUCUGCAAUGCUCAGCCCACUGUGUGAUAGCUGCUGGUGUCCAGUGGCACAGCAGAGCCAUGGAAGGAGAUGUAAUUGACUGAUUUGGUAUGAAAAGGUGCUAAUUAAGAAAGUCUUUCAUUAUUGAGGUAGCAGACAGGCCUGGUGUUGGCUCUCUAUCAGGGAGGAGGCUCCCCUCUGUGGGAACAGAGGCACUGCACUGACCAUCCCUUCCCUGUGUUGGUGCUAAAUCCCUGAUACCAGGAAUUUAGAAACAUUCAAACAUUCAAAUGCAAGCAGGGUGUGCAGGCAGCCUUGGCACAGAGAGGAGAUCCCAGCAUCUCCAGGGGCUUAUGGACCACCAGGUUUCCUAAGGAAGGAGCACUGCUUGCCCCAAAGAGCCAGCAGGGCUGGAGCCACUCCCAGUGAAGGCCCUGCUCAUUCACACCCUGGGCUGGGCUGUUUGAGCUGGCUCCGGGGGUCCUGUCAGCUACAGGUUUGUUUCUUAUAUUAAGAAGCCUGUGAAGUUGAACACCUUGAGAGAGUUGAUUUCUGCACCUGAACAAUCACUACUUCUUAGUCUGUCAUACCAGCGUGGGCUUCAGACUGGAGAGGGUCACCCACGAUACCCAGAGCUGGAACAGGUGAUGUGGAUUCAAGCACUAGCAACCCCAGAAACAUCAACUGUUUCUUGUGGCAUUUGUUUUUUAGAACUGUAGGAAAUUAGAACUUCUCCCAGGCUCAGACUUUAUUUUGUAAUUCAACCUCAGUAGAACACUUAUUUUCCCUUUAAAUUAUUCCUUAACAAGUUUCACCAUGAGAAGUCACGCUCCUUUCCUUAAAUUUUAAUAGUCUGAUAUUUUAAAAUACGUGUUUUGUUAUAUCGAUGUUGGACUGAAUAAAUGUUUCACUGUAAAGUCAAUGCAUGAUUUUAAAAAUGAGAGAUAAAAUGUCAUCAUCUGCAAGAACUGUACUAAAAAACUAUUUAUAGGAGAACCACUCCAGUGCUCCAUGGAAGAGGCAAAAUGCUCGGCUCAGUUUCUGAUCUCUUGGUCUCAGUUUGUCCCCUGACUUAGUAUGAGCCUUGCUACAUUAAACCCCAAAUGUUCUAUUUUCCUUUCUUUUGAUCAAGUUUCACAUGAUUUUGUAAUCCUGGUGCUGUCCCUGGGAGAACCUCAGUGCAGGUGUUGCCUAGGUGGGACUCCUCCAUGAAUAAUUUCCAAUAUCUUUAUUCCUUCCAAAGGAGCAUCCCUGUACAAUCAAGCGCAGAUGUGCUUUGCUGUUGUUAUUUCAGUGUAAGAGCCUUGAGCAUUUGUAGCAAGGACAGUCAGCUUUGUAUCUGUGCACAGAGCUGUGGGGACACUCCCAUACAAGUAGGAGAGUGCUGUAGGAUAAUGCCAUUUCCCUCUCCUGCUGCAUGUGGAGCCCCAAAUCCAUGCUGGGCUAAGCUGACCCCUCUCAGCAGCAGCAGAGCCUUGCAGUGCUGUGGUGACCAAGGGGAAGAAAACCAGAGGGCUCCAGACCAGGAUAUGAGCAGAGGUUGUGGCACCCCUUGGGCGCCCCAUGAGAUGUGAACACACUGUCACAGCUCGUGGCAUUCAUUCUGCAAAUGGUUUCAAACAAGCAAUGGCUGCUGCACUGCUGACAUCCUGCUGAAACCAGGAGCUCUGCAGAAUCCUGCUUUAAACAUGAGUGUAACUUCAUGGCAGUGAGUCAAGACCAGCAUGUGAAUCUGUGUAUCAAAGUGGAGCCACCCCACUAACCAUAUAUCGACCACUGAAUGCAAUUAUCAUCUUGGGGUGUCACUGUUUUUUUCAUAUUUUCCUUUCUCUGCCUGCUUUCUUGUUGUAUUUUCCAGUAUUUGUGAUUAUUCUAUUUUUAACCUUCCAAUGUCUUUUCAUAAAAUCUCCUCUGUGUAAAUAAUUCCAACUUUCCCUAGUUCUGACACUAGGGAAAUGAGAAAAAGUAUCAAAAAGUCACAGUUUGGAGAAUGUUGUUUUUUGUUAGAAAAUGAUGUCUCUAGCUAAACUAAUCUACAAAAGGAGAGCUUCCACUUGGGGUGUGAGCACAGGUCUCCGUGUGUCCCUCCCUUCCGACAGUGCUGCUGUGACACUGAAUAUCCCUUCUGUGAAGGCUGCUGGAAUUGAGUUUUGUAUCCUUGUUCCUGCUAACGAUAGCUUUCCUUUCCACUCUGUUUGUAUCUGGUAAAUGAAUGUGUAUUAAUGGACUGAAAAUACAACCUAUCAUCAUGUCAGAA